AUGGCCACAGAACUACGUACAAGUGCAGAUUUGGGUCUCCAGUUACAGGUGCCUUUAGAGCAGGGGGUGCAGCCCCCAGUAAAAAGGGAGGAACAAGAUCCACCAGGCCCCGAGCCAGGGCAGGGAGUGGAGCAGGGAGAGAACCUUCCCUUUGUUGUCUGUUCUGGGACCAUCGGGGAAUUAUUGAGAUGGGCGGCUCCACAACAGUCCAGGCCUCAGAGGCAGGACGAGCCGCCCCAGCGCUGGGAAGUGAAAGCUGCCAUCCUGCAAGGGGAGGACACCCGCCUGGAGAUGCGGCGUCGAUGCUUCAGGCAAUUCCGCUACCAGGAGGCCGAGGGGCCCCGGGAGGCUUACAGCCGCCUCCAGGAGCUCUGCCAUCGCUGGCUGGAGCCACAGAGCCGCACCAAGGAGCAGAUCCUGGAGCUGCUGAUCCUGGAGCAGUUCCUGACCAUCCUGCCAGAGGAAAUGCAGAACUGGGUCUGGGAACGUGGCCCAGAGAACUGCGCCCAAGCGGUGGCCCUGGCAGAGGGGUUCCAACUGGGGCAGCCAGAGGCUGGAUUAUGGGAGCAGCAGGUCACGGUGCGUGUGAAGGUUGAGGAAGUGACUUCGGAGAAGAUGGCUUCCCCUGAGGCAUUAUGGGAUGCUCCCGGCUCCCAGCUAGAGCAGUUGCAGCCCCAUCACGAAUGUGUAUCCCAGGAGGAGGUGGGACGAGUUGAGACCCCAGGACACCAGUAUGAACCACUCUGUGUCCCCAAAGAGGAGCCCCCGAUCCUCCAGGAAAUGGAUAAUAAGUCAGGUGACGUGGUGCUGAGCGCAAGUCCCCAGCUGGAGGUGCCAAGCGCAAGUCCCCAGCGGGAGGAGACAGAGAUGGCAGGGCCACGCAGGGUGUCCCUGGGAAGAUACAAUGGGAAGGCGUCACGGACUCAGCGCAGGGUGGGGAGGCAGCAUGGGAGCCCCAUUGGGAAAAGGCAGGUGGAAUCAGCCCCUCCCCUACCAGACUUGGGGAAGCCCGAACCCCAGCCCAGGCCUUUCAAAUGUGCUGAGUGUGGGAAAACCUUUUGCCGCAGCUCUGACCUGCUGAGACACAAGCGGAUCCACCGGGGGGACCGGCCCCACCACUGCACUGAGUGCGGGAAAAGCUUCGUCCGGAACUCCCACCUCCUGAUCCACCAGGUGAUUCACCGUGGCGAACGCCCCUUCACGUGCAGCGAGUGUGGAAAGAGCUUUAGCCAGAGCUCCACCCUAACAAGACACCAGCAGAUCCACACUGGCGAGAAACCCCACCGCUGCCACCAGUGUGGCAAGAGCUUUGGACGCAACUCCAACCUGACGAGGCACCAAAGGCUCCAUGCGGCCGAGCGGGUCUACCGGUGUGCGGGAUGCGGGGAGGCCUUCCGCAGCAGGGGUCUUCACAGAGGAAAGGUUCUAACUACAGGUGAUAAGCCGUUCCGGUGCUCCGAGUGUGGCAAAGGGUUUGCCCAGAGCUCCAACCUGAUCAAACACCAGCGGGUCCACACCGGGGAGCGGCCCUACCGCUGCCACCAGUGCGGCAAGGCCUUCACCUGGAGCUCAUCGCUGCUGGAGCACCAGAAGUCUCAUGCUGGCGAAAAGCCCCACAGCUGUCCGGAGUGCGGGAAGAAGUUCAGCCGUGGCUCCACCCUGCUGGAGCACCAGCGCAUCCACACCGGCGAGAAGCCUUUCCGCUGCCACCAGUGCGGCGCCCGCUUCAGCCAGAGCUCCACACUAGUGCACCACCAGCGCACCCACACCGGGGAGCGGCCCUACCGCUGUGACGAGUGCGGGCGCAGCUUCGGCCGCAAGUCCACGCUGGUGACCCACCGCCGCACCCACACUGGUGAGAAGCCGUACCACUGCCUGGAGUGUGGACGCAGCUUCGUGGUCAGCUCGGACCUGGCCAAACACCAGCGCACCCACACCGGCGGCCAAGGCCCCUACCGCUGUGGAGAGUGCGGGGAGGGCUUUGGCUGGAGUGCCGCCCUGGCUGCCCAUCGGGCCAGCCAGCACAGCGCCGAGAAGCCCUACCGAUGCUCCGAGUGCGGGGAGGCUUUCCACCAAAGCGCCACGCUGCUAGUGCACCAGCGCACCCACGCCGGCGACGAGGCCUUCACCUGCUCCGACUGUGGGGAGUGCUUCCUGGAGAGCGCCAAGCUGGCCCGGCACCGGCGCAUGCGGCACAGCGCCGACGGGGAGGAGAAGCCUUUCAAGUGCUCUGAGUGCGGCAAGGGCUAUGCCCAGAGUGCCGGCCUGCGACACCACCAGCGAGAGCAACCCUUCCGCUGCCCGCAGUGCGGCCUGAGCUUCCUCUGGAGCUGCCGGCUGGCUGAGCACCGCCGCAGCUGCCGCAUGGCGGAGAAGCCCUACAAGUGCCCCGAGUGUGGCAAGAGUUUCGGCCAGAGCUCCAAGCUGCUGCGGCACCAGGUGACUCACACCGGCGAAAAGCCCUACAAGUGUCCGGAGUGUGGCAAGAUCUUCAGCCAGAGCUCCAAUCUGGCGGAGCACCGGCGCACGCAUGCCGGCCAGAAGCUCCACCGCUGCGGCAUCUGCGGCAAGAGCUUCGCCCUGGGCUCCUAUCUGGCCAAGCACCAGAUCACCCACACCGGGGAGCGGCCCUACCGCUGCACCGAGUGCGGCAAAGGCUUCCGGCAGAGCUCCAACUUGAUCCAGCACCAGCGCACCCACACCGGCGAGCGCCCCUACACCUGCCCCCAGUGCGGCAAAAGCUUCUGCCAGAACUCCCACCUCAUCAAGCACCGGCGCACCCACACUGGUGAGCGCCCCUACCGCUGCCCCCAGUGCGGCAAGAGCUUCCGCCAGAGCGCCAACCUGCUGGAGCACCAGAACACCCACACCGGCGAGCGCCCCUACCAGUGCGGCCAGUGCGGCAAGAGCUUUUGCUGGAGCUCAGCCUUCAGCAAACACCAGAGGACUCAUCUCAGCUAG